GAAAAAGACAACUACAUCCUCCACGAUCCUCCCACCACGGCCAGGUUAAGUACUUAGACUCAUGUCCCUCGCAAUCCGUUGCUAUCGCGCUCGGCCAAAUUGCAUUCUCAGUCUAUAUACUACUACUCAUCCACCACCAGGCUCGCCGCAUCCCAUUCGAUUGGGCUCAGUGUCUACCAAACCAGCACGUUCCUUUACUAGAAUGUCCUCCAGCGCACCCACAAAAGAAUGGCUCGUCCAUGUUCCCGACUUUCCUGGAGCUCUUGAUAAACGUCUCGCUGCUCGUCCCACGCAUCUGGGCAACCUCAAGCCAGCCAUUGAAGCGGGGAAGGUGGUCUUCGGAGGAGCAACUCUGUCUAAACAGCCUGCUGAGGGUGAAGCACCGGAUAUGACAGGCAGUGCUAUGUUGAUCAAGGCUGACAGUGAGGAGGAGGUGCGCAAGAUCUUGGAAGAGGAUCCGUAUACCAAGGGCGGUGCGUGGGACGUAAAGAAUGCGAAGAUAUGGCCCUUUAAGUGUGCCGUCAGAACCGCUCUGUGAAAGAAAGAAAAAAUUCCGAAAGGAGGAUCGAUAGCACAUAUGAAGGCUCAGCGGUCCUUCGCAGUUGGAAAUAGGAGAAGGCGUUGCUAGCGAGACUCAAUGCUGUUGCCUCAAUGCUAUGACCAGUCUGCAGCAAACUCAUUGGAAAGGACAACAUCAUCAAAGCCUACACCUCGACCAGGGCAAUUUGUGCUCUUUCAGGAGACUCUAGUCGAGGUUGGCUGCAUAUCAACUCCGGGUACGAACGAGUCUUGUGGUACAUGGCUGGUUUACAUGGUGGAGGAAUUGCUGCAAUAGUCAGCCUUCUUCACGAUAUUGAGCAACAACACUAACAGCAAACCGAGAUGACUACUAUGAAACCUUGACAAUUGACAUCAUCAGACAGAGGCGUCAUGGACACAGUGCAGAAUGAGACAGAGAAGAGUGACUGGAAUUCGGUGACGUGCGACUCUUGUGCCAUUCCUGCGGGUUGCCGGGUUUCCUUCCACCUUCCCUUCGUUUGCGUGACGGAUCAAAAGAACAAGUCACUACUCUUGGU